ACUGAUUCUGCUUACCUGCCCAAGAAGUCCCGUCUGCCUGUUCUCUUAAAAUCAUCCAGACCACUAGGAAAUGUGCCUUUGAACUCCUGUGCAUGGAAGUCAGUCUCAAAACCACAGCAUCAUACCAGGGUCCCUUCUGAAGGUCUGAAGGUACACGAAGUACAAAACAAUCAAUUUCAGCCACAAACAAAGGGGGAGUUAGUAUUGAAUGAGGAUGUAGGUGAAAACCUUCCAGAAGAGCCUGCACAGGAAAGCACAUCAAUGAGAGUUGACUCAUUGCUCAAACUGGAUAAUAGUGAGGUCCAGGUCAAGUUGGAAGACGUUGAUCCAGACAGGUGGGACAAGAAUGAAUAUGCGAAGGACAGAACUCAGCAGAAUGAUCCAGAAAUGCAAAAUCAUCGUAACAUUAGCAAUGUGGAUCUCCAGCGUUCAUUAAAAGAGAUAAAUGAAGAGUUUUAUUCCACGGAACAGGAGGACAUUGACUCAGACGCCGCAUACUCGGGUUCCCAGUGCCUGCAUUCUCUCAAAUUGAGUGUAAUGAGUACAGAUGCACUUGAUGGCUGUGAAGUCAUAGAUGAUACAGAAGAAUUGAAACAAAGAAUGAAGAAUAUGGAGUCGGAGCUUGAAAAGUACAAAAUGUUGGUGUUUAAUUUACAGCGCUCUGACCAGCUCGUGUCGAGUGGCAUUUCCAACAUAGUUCUGAGUGACACAGCCGUGCCUGUGGAAGGACAUGUUGCAGGAGUGCAAUACACAGCUGUGCAAGAAAUCAGAACAUUUGCUAGUGUGCAUCAGCUGAUGGAUUACGAGAUCCAUACCGAAAACAGGAGUUCAGAGUCUCCAUCACCGAAUGGAUGGACAGAAGAAAACCAUAAGGAGCUACUGUCAGCAAAUGAGGCAGAACCUGAAAAAGAGCGAAUUGCAAAUAUGCGUCUUGAUGAAGUGUAUCAUCUUCAGAACAAACUGAGAGAAACAUCACCAUCCAAAUACGAGUCAUUAGUUUAUUCACAAGCUCCAGAACUCUCCUUUCAACGCCAACAAAUUAAGGAGAUUCGCAGUGGUUGUGUCACUUACCAUCAACAUCUGACGAGCCUUAUUAAAGCUUUUGAGGAACUGCUUCAAGCCAGUGAUGUAGAUUAUUAUGUUGCUGAAGGCUUCCGUGAGCAACUGAAUCAAAGUGUGCUAUUGUUUGAGAUGCUAGAAAGGAAACUCCUCUACGGAGAAUCAAUAGGUACAGAAGUUACUCUGCUUUAUGAAUUAGCUCAAAGGGAUAAUGAGAAGAACACCACGAUGUACCAGCAACUGAAGGAUGAAUCACCUGUACCAUCUGCUCUUCAGAGCUUGUCUGACUUUGAUUUGUCAGAGAAGUCAUCUCUUGGAUCACCUGAGCAUGGCCUAGGAGAACAGCACGGCGCGCUGGCGCUUCUGCCAAACCAAUUUCCCCCAGAGUUAUUAAUGGAGCAUCUGCAAGAAAUUAGAAUCCUGAGACAACGUUUAGAAUACUCCAUAAGAACUAAUGAGAGGCUGAGGAGGCAGCUUGAGAGACAAGUAACGGACAAGGAACUAGAUCAAGGUUCUGCAAACAUUUUUAUCCAUGGCUCAGAGCAGCAUAAUUCCCUGACUUCUGAAAUACAUUUCCUGAGGAAGCAAAAUCAAGUUCUGAACGUGAUGCUAGCAAAAGGAUCCAGAGACAAACAAAAGGAAAAUGAAAAGUUAAGAGAAUCUCUUUCUAAAAAGAAUGUGAUCAUUGAGCAUCUUCAUGAGGAUUAUGAAUGCAUCAAGCAAGAAAAUGAAAGGUUGCAAAAACAGAUUGGCCAAAAGGAGGAUGAAACCAGAUAUCUGACGUGUCAGAUUUACAGCAGUCGGAAUGAAUUAAACAGGUUGCAAACAGAAAUUAAUGUAAAGCAGCACCAGCUCUCAGAGAACGAGAAGUUACUGCAGUCACUCCGAACUGAGAUCAAGGUUUAUGAAAACUUGGAAGAAGCAAGAAAGAAGAGGACAGAUCCCAAAUGUGAUGCAUCAGAAGAAUUCCGAAAAGAUCCUAAUAAUCCACUUGAGUUACACGAGCUGUUGACUGAAAUACAGAGUUUGCGAGUGCAGCUUGAAAGAAGCAUAGAGACAAACAAGUCUUUGCAGGAAAAAUUAGAGGAACAGCUUUCAAAAGAAAAGAGGGAGGAAGUGGGAUCGGUGUCGGCUGUGAAUAUCAACCCUCCUUUGAAUGAGGAAUUGCAGCACUGUGCGGGAAUGAAUGGAAACCUUUGCAGAUGCCCCGCUACCAGCACGAACACGUGCGAGCUGCAGAAACACGGACAUUGCUUUUCGCUAGCGAAAACAGGUAGGCACUCAGCCUCUGAAGACGAUUUAGGCAGCGCAUCACACUGCAGCAGCACUUCAUCUUCCAGCACGGCGCGUACCCCUCGUCUUGUGCCUGGGCAUCGUAUGUGGGCAGACAAAAACGGGCGCCACGUUCUUGGCUUGAUUGAGGAUUAUAAUGCUCUGCGGAAACAGAUUUCAGAAGGGCAACAGGUUUUAGCAGAAAUGGAGAUUUCUUUAAGAGAGGUCACUGGUGUGAAACUGCAGGAGCCUAGAAUAAAGGUACCAGACCAGGCAUCACUGCCUAGCUUUACUACAGAUAUUCACACAGUACAGCAGAUUUUAGAAGAGGCUGCACGUUUACUGAAACUUCUCUGGAGAGUUUCCCUCCCGCUGAACGCCGUACACGGUACCACGCGUGGCGCUCAG